AUGGCUUUUGGUGGAUUAUUCGGUGGCUCAACUGGUUCAAAUCCAGCUGUUUCCUCAACAACUGUUGCUCCAAACUCACAAGUUAAAGAACAAUUAAAAGCACAAAUUGGUCAAGAAUUAGCUAUUGCUAAUGCAACUGAAUUAGUUAAUAAAAUCACAGAAAACUGUUUUGAACAAUGUCAAAGAGAACCAUUCGCAACUGGUGAAGAAGUAAGCUAUCACAAAGUCCCAUAA